AAGACUUUCAAUCUCCAGAGCAAUGGCUGCAGGUGGAGGUGAAGGGAUGGAAGAGUAUGUGUACAGAAUCAGCACUGCUGCGGAGUGGGGAGAGUUGCAGAGCUCUGGCUCUGUUUUUGGUGGAGAGCUGGACAAGAAAUCCGGGUUCAUUCAUCUUAGCAACCUCAAUCAGGUAAAGUCGACAUUGCAGAAUUUUUUCGUGAAUACCAAAGUGGAUCUUUACUUGCUUCAAAUUGACACCAAUAAGCUAGGUGAAGGGUUAGUAUAUGAAGUUGUUGAUGGUUCCAAUAGCUUCCCUCAUUUCUAUGGUCCAUCUCGAAGUUUCAUACCUCUUCCCCUUGAUGCUGUUACAAAAGCAGAGAAGCUGCAUCUGUCGGGUGGCCAAUUCAGUUGCAGUAUGCUGGAACGAGUCGCUUAAGCUUUGGUUUGGUAUUCUUUCAUCUCAGCUUUACGUUGUGUGGAAUAGGAGAUAUUAACAGCUCCCAACUCUCAACUGCUGCAGUUGUUAUGUCCUUAAAGUAUUUUGUGUUCUUUAUGAAAGAUAUAGCAUUUUCGAUUUUCUUCUCUUUGUGCAAUUUUCUUCAGAUUUAUAUAAUUUUGCAAGAUUUUGUUUGA